AUGGAUGAAGAAACAAAGAACAAAGUGAUACUCCAUGGAUCAUUCGCGAGUCCUUACAGCAAAAGGAUUGAGAUAGCCCUCAAGCUUAAGUCCAUACCUUACCAACUCGUGCAAGAAGAUCUCAACAACAAGAGCCAAACCCUUCUCCGUUACAACCCGGUUCACAAGAAGAUUCCGGUUCUCGUCCACCAAGGUAAACCGAUCUCUGAAUCCUUGUGUAUCAUCGAGUACAUAGACGAAACGUGGAGAAACGGUCCACAUCUUUUGCCUCAAGACCCUUACAGAAGAUCUAAAGUCCGGUUUUGGGCUAGCUACAUUCAGUCACAUCUUUACGAUGUGGUGUUGGAAGUGGUGAAAACCGAAGGGGAAGAGCAAGAGAAAGCUCUUACAGAGAUAAAGGAGAAGCUGAGCAUCAUAGAGAAAGAAGGCCUCAAGGAGAUUUUUUCAGACACUAAUGGUGAACCAAUCGUGAAGAACGAGACUAUGAGCCUUGUCGACAUUGUCAUGUGCACUUUGCUUAGCCCUUACAAGGCACACGAAGAAGUUUUGGGUCUAAAGAUCAUCGACCCAGAGGCAGUUCCUGGUGUCUAUGGUUGGCUUAAUGCUAUUAACCAAACCGACGUGGUCAAAGAUGUGAGCCCUCCUUAUGAACAAGUCCUAGAGUUUGUUAGGGCUUUUAGACAGAUGUCUCUCUCCCGUUCCUGA